CACCCCAGCACCCCAUGGCCGCCGCCGUCAAGCAAGUCGCCGUCACUGCGAUCUCGCUCGCUCUGGGCCUGGCUCUGACGGUGCCUUCAGGCCUCGCUCGGUACACGCUCUUGUCGUUUGGAAUGAAUUGGUUCGUGUGCCUCGUGCAUGCCAUCCCGAACCAGUCGGAACGGUACUUCGACCUCACCGGGUCAGGCACGUUUCUGACGGUGGCAUUCGUGGCAGCCGCGGCAACCUUGUCCAACGGAGCAGGCUUUCUCCAUCGGCCGCUCGUCGCAUCGGCCAUGGUCGCGGUGUGGGCUCUCCGACUUGGCACGUUUCUCUUCUCCCGCAUUACGUCCGACCGUGGCAUCGACUCUCGGUUCGCACACAUUCGAUCCGAUCCCGUCCGGUUUCUGUCCGUGUGGUCUGUGCAGUCGCUGUGGGUGCUGCUCACGACGUUGCCGAUCCUGUUGUUGCAUGGCGCAGCGCCGUCCGUGCCGUGGACGACGCUCGACGUGGUGGGAAUUGCGCUAUGGGCGCUUGGAUUUGCCUGUGAAGUCGUUGCCGACGUCCAAAAGACGACUUUUCGAAGGGACAAGGCCAACCACGACAAGUUUAUCGCGUCGGGUCUGUGGCGCUACAGUCGCCACCCCAAUUACUUUGGUGAAAUCACACUGUGGGUCGGCGUCGCUCUCGUGUGCGUCCCGCACUUGCCGACGUUGUCGCAGCAAUUGCUUGGCCUCUUGUCGCCGUUGUUCGUUGCCUUUCUGUUGAAUUUCGUGUCGGGGAUUCCGUUGCUGGAAAAAAAGGCCGACGACAAGUGGGGCACCGUCCCUGCGUACCAACAGUACAAAGCGUCGACGAACGUGUUGGUCCCGUGGUUUCCGGCAUCCCCAUGAGUCCACACGAUGCUCCCCGAGUUGUUCCAGACUCAAAUGUAGUGCACAACAACCGACAACUGGAUUCGAAUGAAAAAAUGCCAGCAAGACCGAUUUGCAGCGCAGCGGCGGCGGUCGCGGACGGGUGCUCUUGUUGAGCGUCCGACAGUGUCAUGUGGUUGCUGCUGGACAUGACUCGAAUGGAGCGAUGGAUACGAUUUGCAGUGUGCUGCCUGUAGAGCCCGUGUAGAGGACGACGGCGGCGGCAUGUUUUCACUUGUGCCCGUACGUGACGUGGCGAACACAGGUGGUUUCGACUGUCACAAAAUGUACCUCCGCAUGGUCGUCCUGCU